AUGCGAGCCACAGCUACCAGAGCACUGCUGCGACAAAGCCGAGCUCGUCCCGAGCUUGGGAGAGUCCACGACGUAAUCCGCAUCCUAGACACCACCACCGUCACCCCGCCAUCCCUUCGCCCAUGCAUCCUCCUACCCCAACACCCCGCGGGUAGCAGCAACCUUCGUGCCCUACACACGACCUCACCCGUGUGGAAGAGCAAAGCACCCAAGGACAAGACGCGCGAAGACCACAAGAAGCAAGCGUCCGUCGCCCGCGGGAGCAGCAGCAGCAACAGCAGCAGCAGCGCGGACGCCGAAGCCGACGACCCCAACGGGCCCAAGCACCCGUCCGCCAACCCCGAAGAGCCGCUCAACUUCGCAGACGUAGAGUCGCGCAUCCGCCGCCACGACGAGCACCACCGGGAGCUGCUCAAGAAGCUGCGGGCGGGGGGCCGCUUCAACCCGGACGUGGUGGGGGCGCUGCGCGUGCAGCCGGACCGCAAGGACCCGGGGGUCACGUACCCGCUGCGGGAAGUCGCGCAGGUGAUAUCGCGGGGCGGGCGCACCAUCAGCCUGAUCGCGCACGAGGCCGCGUACGUCAAGCCCAUCAUGAGCGCCGUCCAGGCCAGCGCCGACUUCAACCAGCAGCCGCAGCGGGACCCGGACAACGAGCUCGAGCUGAUCCUGAAGAUCGAGCCCGAGACGCGGGACGACCUGCUCAGGCGCGCGAAAGCCGUGUGCAAUGAUUGGAGGGAUAGGGUCAGGAGCGUGCGCCAGAAACGCGAUAAGCAGCAUGCGACGUGGCGCAAGAACAACGAGAUCGGUCCCGAUCUCAAGAGGACGGCGGAUAAGGAGCUGGAUAAGAUUAUUAAGGCUAAGAUGGUGGAGAUUGAUGAUUUGGAGAAGGAGGCGCUUAAGAGUCUGCCUGUUUAA